CGAGCGUAACAGGAAGGGAACAGAGGAGCCAGAGAGCGUCUCGCGGAUGGGAGCGCGCUAGAGGACGAGGACACGCCGAUGCGAGGAUGGUCGGGGGCCCGGAGGACGCCUCGUACACUCCCUGUCUGGCUCUGAAGCCUCCUCGUGUUCACAGAUACUAAAUGGAACAAACGGAAUCUUGGCUUUCGGCUGCCUGAGGAGAAUCGGCUUACGCAUGAAGAAAAUGGUCGAUCAAUCCGGGGGUCAGAAGUCUGUCGUGUGUGUGUGUGUGUGUAGAAUUUGAGGACUUGAGGACCGACCGACUGAAGGACCCGAGGAAUAAACGAAUAAAGAAAAACCCAGAGAAUAAAGACAACAAAUGGAACAUGAGCGAUGACAUAGAACGACCUUCGCUUGAUCCGCGCUCUGACUUUCAACACAGACGGGAUUAGUGGAACUGCAUUCUGGGGGGUGUCGGCGACCUUGACCCCCCGGCGUAUGGGAUUAUUUUCCACCAUGUUCUGGUAGCACCGGAAGCCCCUCUUCGUUUAUAGUUGAUUUCUGAGCCUACACAAUGCAAGCGGCUCAUUAAAUCCUUCGUGAAACGUCCUAGGGCGUCUUACAGUAGGUGCUGCACCCAUUUUUGCAUCUCUAGCGCUGUCCCGAACCUCAUCCACUCAUCUACUGGCUGUCGUGGACCCACUGUGUGGUGAUCAUGGGCUGCCGACAGAGCUCGGAGGAAAAAGAAGCGGCUCGACGGUCGAGGCGCAUCGACCGGCACCUUCGCUCCGAGAGCCAGCGGCAGAGGCGCGAGAUCAAACUGCUCCUCCUCGGUACCAGCAACUCGGGCAAGAGCACCAUCGUCAAGCAGAUGAAGAUCAUUCACAGCGGAGGCUUCAACCUGGAGGCCUGCAAGGAGUACAAACCCCUCAUCCUGUACAACGCCAUCGACUCCCUGACUCGGAUCAUCCGCGCCUUAGCUACGCUCAAGAUCGACUUCCACAACCCCGACCGCGCCUACGACGCCGUGCAGCUCUUCGCCCUGACCGGUCCGGCCGAGAGCAAGGGCGAGAUCACGCCGGAGCUUCUGGGCGUGAUGAAGCGCCUGUGGGCCGAUUCCGGAGUCCAGGAGUGUUUCCAGCGCUCUAAUGAGUAUCACCUGGAGGACAACACCGCCUACUACCUGAACGACCUGGACAGGAUCUCGGCGCUGGAGUACAUCCCCACCGUGGAGGACAUCUUACGCUCCCGUGACAUGACCACCGGCAUCGUGGAGAACAAGUUUACCUUUAAAGAGCUCACCUUCAAGAUGGUGGAUGUGGGAGGGCAGCGAUCAGAAAGGAAGAAGUGGAUCCACUGCUUCGAGGGCGUGACCGCCAUCAUAUUCUGUGUGGAGCUGAGCGGCUACGACCUCAAGCUUUACGAGGACAACCAAACGAGUCGCAUGGCUGAGAGUUUGCGCCUCUUCGACUCCAUUUGCAACAACAACUGGUUCACCAACACCUCGCUCAUCCUCUUCCUCAACAAGAAGGACCUGCUGGCCGAGAAGAUCAAGCGCAUCCCGCUGACCGUCUGCUUCGCCGACUACAAGGGCCAGAACACCUACGAGGAGGCGGCCGUGUACGUGCAGCGCCAGUUCGAGGACCUGAACCGCAACAAGGAGACCAAGGAGAUCUACUCGCACUUCACCUGCGCCACCGACACCAGCAACAUCCAGUUUGUGUUCGACGCCGUGACGGACGUGAUUAUCCAGAACAAUCUGAAGUACAUCGGGCUGUGCUAGGAC